AUGGCCUCCACCUCUGCACUGUUCUCGCAUGAUGCCCAGCGCGUAUUCGACGACAUCGACCGUCAUUUCCAGCUGAGCAAGGAGACGCUCGUCGAGCUCACGCAAGCCUUCAUCGACGAGUAUAGACUCGGACUUGGGAGCUAUGGGAAGCCAAUGGCAAUGAUCCCGACAUUCGUCACGGGCGUCCCCGAUGGUACGGAGACUGGUACAUUUCUUGCCCUCGACUUGGGGGGCACCAAUCUGCGCGUCUGCGAGGUGGUACUGAACGGCGACAAGACAUUCUCGCUGCGGCAGCAGAAAUAUAAGGUCUCUGAGGAGCUCAAGACCGGCGAAGCAACCGCCCUCUUCGAUUAUCUCGCGGACUCUGUCGAUGCCUUCUUGACGGAGAACACGCCGUCGGAACCCAUUCCACCCAUGCGUGUACCCACCAUGCCCAUGCCCGGAUCACAAGAUGUCGUGCAUCUAGGCCUGACAUUCUCAUUCCCCGUGGAACAGACCGCCCUCGGUGCGGGCAAGAUUCUCACCUGGACGAAGGGCUUCGCCGCCAAAAACGCCAUCGGGCACGACGUCGUUCAACUCCUCCAAGAUGCUUUCGAUCGCAAGCACCUGCACGUUAAGUGCGUUGCGCUGGUAAAUGACACGGUCGGCGCAUUGCUUUCCCGAGCAUACACCGCAGGCGGAUGCAUUCUGGGUGCAAUCUUCGGCACAGGAACGAACGGAGCGUUCGUAGAGCAAGUUGCCAAUAUCACCAAGCUAGGCAACUCAGACGCUGCUGCCAAGGGCGGGCUGAUGGUAGUCAACACCGAAUGGGGGGCCUUCAAUAACUCACGAUCACAUCUGCCAUCGACACCGUUUGAUAAUGCUCUGGACCGCCGAAGCAUCAACCCUCGCUUCCAAGCCUUCGAGAAAUUCGUAUCCGGAAUGUACCUCGGAGAAAUCGCUCGCAACAUCAUCAUGGCCUUGAUCGACGCCGCGCCGAAACCGCUCCUUCUUAGCGGGAAGUUCACGCCACUAUUGAAUACGCAAUGGGGACUGGACACCAGUGUCAUGAGCGAUAUCGAGAAUGCAUGGGAGGGGGAGAAGCGCACGGAGCCGUCGCCGGAGGAUCAUAUGCCCCCGUUUACGGAAUUCGAGAGCAAGCUUUCUGAGAAUGUGAAGGCGAGGUUGCAGCGGGUACGGAAGACGAUGGUGCAGCGCCUUGGCUACGAGGAUGAAGAUGUUACUCUGAGAGAUGCAGCUAUAGUCAAGUGGGCGUGUGGCCUUGUCGCGCGUCGGGCAGCGUUGCUGAGCGGUGUCGCGGUUGCCGCUACUUUGAUACAAACUGGACGCGCCUCCUUGCCCGCCGGCCACGACAACAUAACCAGCUCUGAAGGUGCGGAGGAUGAAGAAAAGAUCGGAGUUGGCGUCGACGGCAGCUUGAUCGAACACUAUCCUCACUUCGAGCGCAUGAUGCGGGAAUCACUAAAAAUAUUGGUCGGGGAGCACAUCGAGAAGCGGGUGGACAUUGGUAUGGCAAAGGACGGCAGUGGUGUCGGCGCUGCGUUGUGUGCACUAAUGGCGUCCAAAGAAAUGCAAUGA